GUAAUAAUGCAUAUAUAAGACUCACAGAUACUUGUUGAUUUUAUCCGGCAAGUAUUCUUACAAAAGUUUCAUCAGGGAUAUGGAGCACAUAAGAGAGUCACCCCAAAUGCAAUCUCACUCUCUGGAAGGUUUCAUUCCCCUUCUUAGUCUUACUGAAGGAUGUGGCGUGCUUCUUGUGAUCUUGAUGAUUGUAUGGACAGGAUAUUAUAGAAAUGGUUUUUCAUGGAGAUCUAAUCUAAACCUCGAAUUUAACUGGCAUCCUUUAUUAAUGACUAUAGGAUUCGUAUUUUUAUAUUCCAAUGCCAUGCUUCUCUAUAGGAUGCAAAGAAAUGUUCGUAAGCGACGACUAAAGUUAACUCACGCAGGAAUUAUGUUAGUUAUCGUAUUAUUAGUGGUGAUUGCUUUAGUAGCCGUCUUUGACAGCCACAAUCUUGCACAGCCUCCUAUAUCGAAUAUGUAUUCCCUGCACAGUUGGGUUGGAUUGACCACUGUAAUAUUAUUCUGCUGUCAGUGGGUUGCUGGAUGUGUAUCCUUCCUUUACCCAGGAUUGCAAGCUCCAUUACGAGCUUCUUAUAUGCCGUUGCACGUAUUUUUUGGCAUUGCAGCCUUUGUGGGUGCAAUUGCUUCUUGCUUGUUAGGACUCAAUGAGAAAGCGUUCCUUACAUUACAUGAAAAAUAUUCAGCUUUAGUCAGCGAAGGAAUACUGAUAAACAUUAUAGGAUUGCUGCUCGUGUUGUUUGGAGGCUUAUCUGUAUACUUAGUAACGCAGGAACGUUAUCGGCGUUUGUCGAGAUCUGAAGAUGAAGUCUUGUUAUCCGGCUAAUAUACGAAUUAUGAUGAAUUGCCAGAUUUCUUCGAUAUAAGUAAUCGAAUGAUUACUAUUCCAAACUUAAUAAGUAUUUACUUAAUAAUAAGUAUUUACAAGUUUCUUAUGUGAGUCUUAUGUUAGCUUUAUAAAUAAGGUUGAUCUAAUUAAAGCACAUACACACAAAAAAAGAAAUAAUGGUGCAUUUAUGUCGGACAAAGCUGCUAGCCUAUUUACUGAGCGAUUGAACAAUUGAUUGGACAGUUGAAAAAAGUUCUCAAUGUUUUUAAGAAUAUACAAGAUCGGUCCAUGGUGUUCAACUAAACAGAUUUUCAUGAAAUCGCAUUUGAGGUUUUCACGGGUAUUUUCUUCAAUUAUACUAGAAGGUUUGCGAGUUGUCGCCGUCUUCAUUAUUGAUGCCAAUUAAUAAUAAAGAAAGAUACGGCGACAACCCGCAAACCUUCUAGUAUAAUUUUCA